CAAACCCAUUAAAAAUCAGGAACGUGACGCCGGGUGAGACUUCAGAGACGGCGGAUGACUUCCUCGUCGAUUAUGCAGCAGACGGUGUAAAUAUGCAAGGAACUCUUCACAUUUUGCUGCUGUUGCAUGCAACUCGUAAUGACACCAAGAAUGUUUUGAAUCUUCUGAAGACAGCAAAUGGCAGGAGUGUUAAAGCAAGCUUUGGAACAAUGUCAAGCAUUCUCAACAUCUUCGUCAAAAACAGGAAUGUUGAUGCUGCGGUUGAGAUGCAUUGCAUUAUUCAAGUAGAUUAUCCACCGCACUGCCUCAACUGGGGCAGUGUCAUUGACCUGUGUACACUCUUAGUCGGCAGCGAGAGAAGCCAGGACGCAGUUAAGAUAUUGGAGGAAUAUUUGCAGUCGAAGGUCAAGAAAGAUAUCAACAUCAGUGAAAUCAGAGACAACUGUAGAAAUCUGCUGACCACAUCAGCUGCAAAGUGCGAUUACGGUUUAACAAAGCGACUCUUUGGUAUUCUUCUGUCGGGGGGCCUGGCGGAGCCGAAAAAUUUCAUUGCCGUGCCCUUGUUGCAGUGCAGGUUGAACAGUAAAGACUUACCCGGUGCUGUGGAGGUUGUCGAAGAACUCUAUAACAGGUAUAGUCUUCUUCCCAAGAGGAUGGAAGUUCUCCUGCUGCUUCUUCACCAUUAUAAAAAUACUGACAAAAAGAUCGAUAUAUACGGUAUUAUCAGUGGUGGUGAAGAAUAUAAAACAAAUGAAGGUCUGCUGGAGCGCCUGUUUGACCUUAUGUCUCAGCGUUAUGGCAACAUACAAGCACAGCACGACUUGAUGUUCGCUUGCUUGGAGGCCGGACUACCCAAUGAGGCCAGACAAGUACUUCAGAAUUUAGGUAAGGAGGUGAAUGUUCAUGAAGUGAACAAAAUGUGCAAAUUGUAUUCAAGGAUGGAAUUAGAGGAGCCGUUGCAACAUUUCCUGAAGGCCAGUGAAGGGAGUAAGGUUGUUGAUCGCUGCAACAUUCUCGCCGCUCUCCUUGAUGUGUACAAUGUGCAAAAUGCAGGUGAAAAAGGUCUGAGCGUAUGGACGAUGAUGCAGCAGGAAGGUCUGUCACCAUCCAAGACCUUCCUCUCGACCCUGUCGUUACUCCUCGCUGCUAACAACUUGAAGAUUCCUUUCUAAAUUUAGUGUCCCAUGGCUUGCUUGGCAGCGUACUUACCUUUCAAACUGAGUGUCCGGGUUCUAUCCCCAACACGGGUGAAAAUGCUGGGCAUGUUUCGUUACACCUACUGCUACUGCUCACUUAGCAGUAAGUAGGUACCUGGGUGUUAGUCACCUUACACUUGCUGCCACUGUUCACCUAGCAGUAAGUAGGUACCUGGGUGUUCGUGGACUGGUGUGGGUGGCAUCCUGGGGAACAAGAGUGCAGGACCACAGUGGAAAUAAGACAGAAAGUCCUUGAUGAUGCACUGACUUUCUUGGGUUAUCCUGGGUGGCUAACCCUCUCUACCCCAGGUUAUCCUAGCUAGCUAAUCCUCCGUGUUAAAAAUCCAAACAAAUCUUUUCUCAUGUUCGGCAAAUAUAUUUUAUCAAUUGCUA